GUCUGAUUUUCAAGGCUCCGCCUCCUCGCGACGCCGCUCGGGUUUCUGCUACAGAACUCUAGCAGUUCAGGUCCUCCGGCCAGUGACUGGGUCUGAGAUGGCAUCGGACUCGGGGGACCGUGGGACCGCCUGCACGCUGGAGUUCGCGGUGCAGAUGACCUGUCAGAGCUGUGUGGACGCGGUGCGCAAAUCCCUGCAAGGGGUGGCAGGUAUCCAGAGUGUGGAGGUGCAGCUGGAGAAUCAGAUGGUCCUGGUGCAGACCACCCUGCCCAGCCAGGAGGUGCAAGUCCUCCUAGAAGGCACAGGGCGGCAGGCAGUACUCAAGGGCAUGGGCAGUGGCCUCUUGCAGAAUCUGGGGGCAGCAGUGGCCAUUCUGGGGGAGGCUGGCUCUGUGCAGGGAGUGGUGCGCUUCCUACAGCUGACCCCUGAGCGCUGCCUCAUUGAGGGGACCAUUGACGGCCUGGAGCCUGGGCUGCAUGGACUCCAUGUCCAUCAGUUUGGGGACCUCACAAGGAACUGCAACAGCUGUGGGGAUCACUUUAACCCUGAUGGGACGUCUCAUGGGGGCCCCCAGGACUCUGACCGGCACCGGGGAGACCUGGGGAACGUCCACGCUGAUGCUGAUGGCCGAGCCAUCUUCAGGCUAGAGGAUGAGCAGCUAAAGGUGUGGGAUGUGAUUGGCCGAAGUCUGGUCAUCGAUGAGGGUGAAGAUGACCUGGGCCGGGGCGGCCAUCCUUUAUCCAAGAUCACGGGGAACUCAGGAAAGAGGUUGGCCUGUGGCAUCAUCGCACGGUCUGCUGGCCUUUUCCAGAACCCCAAGCAGAUCUGCUCCUGCGACGGCCUCACCAUCUGGGAGGAGCGAGGCCGGCCCAUCGCUGGCGAGGGACGAAAGGAGCCGGCCCAGCCCCCUGCCCACCUCUGAGCAUGGCCUCAGUCUUCAGUCUGUUACUGUCCUCCCAGCUGCAUACUGUCUACUUCUGGAGGGAAGAGGUGGGGGGGCCCUGCUUGCCCAGUCCGAGGAGAACUAAGGUUCGGGGUGUACAGGGGUUGCUGUGAUGUUCCCUUGGCUAAUUAAAGUUAUUUUCAUAUGGA